CCCCCCCCAAUAUCCUCACCAUCAUCCAUCAUGCGUGAAAUCGUUCACCUCCAAACCGGCCAGUGUGGUAACCAAAUCGGUUCUGCCUUCUGGCAGACCAUCUCCGGCGAACAUGGCCUCGACGGCGACGGCGUAUACAAUGGCAGCUCCGACCUCCAGCUGGAGCGCAUGAACGUCUACUUCAACGAAGCCGGCAACAACAAGUACGUGCCCCGCGCGGUGCUGGUUGAUCUGGAGCCCGGUACGAUGGACGCUCUGCGCUCCGGCCCCAUGGGCGGCCUCUUCCGCCCCGACAACUACGUGUUCGGCCAGUCCGGUGCGGGCAACAACUGGGCCAAGGGUCACUACACUGAGGGUGCGGAGCUGGUUGACCAGGUGGUGGACGUGGUGCGCCGCGAGGCCGAGAACUGCGACUGCCUGCAAGGUUUCCAGAUCACCCACUCGCUGGGUGGUGGUACGGGUUCCGGUAUGGGUACCCUGCUGAUCUCCAAGAUCCGCGAGGAGUUCCCCGACCGCAUGAUGGCCACCUUCUCGGUGAUGCCCUCGCCCAAGGUGUCGGACACCGUGGUCGAGCCCUACAACGCGACCCUGUCGGUGCACCAGCUGGUUGAGCACGCCGACGAGACCUUCUGUCUGGACAACGACGCCCUGUACGACAUCUGCCAGCGCACGCUGAAGCUGUCCUCCCCCUCGUACGGCGACCUCAACCACCUCGUCUCGGCCGUCAUGUCCGGCAUCACCGUCAGCCUGCGCUUCCCCGGCCAGCUGAACUCGGAUCUCCGCAAGUUGGCCGUCAACAUGAUCCCCUUCCCGCGUCUGCACUUCUUCAUGGUCGGCUUCGCGCCCCUGACCAGCCGCGGCGCCCACUCCUUCCGCGCCGUGACCGUCCCCGAGCUCACCCAGCAGAUGUUUGAUCCCCGCAACAUGAUGACCAACGCCAACUUCCAGAACGGUCGCUUCCUGACCUGUUCGACUUUGUUCCGCGGUAAGGUCUCCAUGAAGGAAGUGGAGGACCAAGUCCGCAACGUGCAGAACAAGAACUCGACCUACUUCGUGGAGUGGAUCCCCAACAACGUGCAGACGGCGCUGUGCUCGGUGCCGCCCAAGAACCUCAAGAUGGCGGCCACCUUUGUGGGUAACUCGACCUCCGUGCAGGAGCUGUUCCACCGUGUCGCCACCCAGUUCACUGCCAUGUUCCGCCGCAAGGCCUUCUUGCACUGGUACACCGGCGAGGGCAUGGACGAGAUGGAGUUCACCGAGGCCGAGAGCAACAUGAACGACCUGAUGUCCGAGUACCAGCAGUACCAGGAUGCGUCCAUCUCCGACGGCGAGGGCGUCGAGCAGUACGAGGGUGAGGGCGAUGAGAUCUAUGAGGAGGAGGCUUAAAUCCUUGCCCCAGGUUCGGCGAACUAGCUUGUAAGGGGACGUGUUAAAGGGGAUGAAAAUCUGUUCUCGUCUCAUAUGUGUGCUUCGAUCGACUUGCUUUUGUUGGUCGGUCUUGGCAUUUAUUUACGGACAUAAUAAUUUUAUUGGCUUGGCGGGACUUG